UAAGCACGUGAGAACGCGGGGGAAUAUGUUGAGACUUGGCUGCGAAUACAGUACUCUAUUACAGCAUCUACAAUUCAUAGAUACAGUACAACAAAAAGUGCGAGUCUGCCGAAGUGCGCGACUGUGUGUCAGGUCUGGUGGACAGCAAGUGUGCUGUACUGUACAGUGCAGCAAACGUUAUGUCAUCGUUCCCUUCAAGACGACGCUCAGGAUCAAAACAAUCGACGCAACGCUGUUGUCGUCGUGUGAACCAGAAAUUCAAGAGUUGCUGCGGCAGGUUGACGGUUUGUUGGACAGCAAGAGAAGUGAGUGGGAAAGCAGAGUGGCGGGACUGAAGAAGCAACUGCAGCGCAGGGACGGUGAAUUGUGUGCUUUGCGAGCAGCUUUGCAGCGUAGAGCAAUUGCAGGCAAAAUUUGAGGAUGCAGAAACUCAACAGGAGGAGCAAAUGAGUAGCUAUGAAGUGCAA